UGCAUGUGUGUGUGUGUGUGGAUGUGUGUAUGUGCGCGUCUGGAGGGACUGCAGGGAGCGGGAGAGAGGCACAACUUGCUCCCUCCUGUGCUGCCGCUCUGCGCUCCUCCUGCUACACAGCCGGCAUCUGGCGUGGUGACAUGUGAAGAGGCUUGAAAGUAUGGCAUGCAAAGAUGGUUUCUGCCAAGAAGAAGGAGACGGUGACAGCGAUGUGCCCCGCUUUUAUUCGGACCCUCUUCUACUUUUUCUGUUUGGCGACUUGUGUAAAGAAAAUCUCUGGACAGACAAAGAAGUAUGAAAGGAUAUAUCCGGAGAAUUUUACUCGCAUUUUAGACCGACUUCUGGACGGCUAUGACAACAGGCUGCGACCUGGAUUCGGGGGUCCUGUGACUGAAGUCAAGACAGACAUUUAUGUAACAAGUUUUGGGCCUGUCUCAGAUGUUGAAAUGGAGUACACAAUGGACGUGUUCUUUCGGCAGACGUGGGUGGACCGGAGGUUGAUGUACGAAGGCCCGAUAGAGAUUUUGAGGCUGAACAACCUGAUGGUGACGAAAGUGUGGACACCGGACACCUUCUUCAGGAACGGCAAGAAGUCAGUGGCUCACAACAUGACGGCCCCCAACAAGCUGUUCCGCAUCAUGAAGAACGGCACCAUCCUGUACACCAUGAGGUUGACUAUUAGUGCUGAGUGUCCCAUGAAGCUCGUGGACUUCCCCAUGGAUGGACAUGCAUGCCCCCUCAAGUUUGGAAGCUAUGCCUAUCCUAAAACAGAGAUGAUCUAUACUUGGACCAAAGGGCCUCAGCACUCAGUGGAAGUCCCUCCUGAGUCCUCCAGCCUCGUUCAGUAUGAUCUCAUCGGCCAGACGGUCUCCAGUGAAACCAUUAAAUCCAUCACAGGUGAAUAUGUGGUGAUGACGGUCUACUUCCACUUGAAACGUAAAAUGGGCUACUUCAUGAUUCAGACGUAUAUCCCCUGCAUAAUGACAGUAAUCCUCUCCCAAGUGUCCUUCUGGAUAAAUAAAGAAUCGGUCCCGGCACGCACAGUCUUCGGCAUCACCACUGUCCUGACCAUGACGACACUCAGCAUCAGCGCUCGCCACUCCCUUCCCAAGGUCUCAUACGCCACAGCGAUGGACUGGUUCAUCGCCGUCUGCUUCGCCUUCGUCUUCUCUGCCCUCAUUGAGUUCGCCGCUGUAAACUACUUUACCAACGCGCAGAUCGAGCGGGCCAAAAAAAAGCCUGCCAAAUGUCCACCGGUGCCCCAAACCACGCCUGUCAAGGUCAAGGACACAGAGGAAGUGCUGCAGAAUCCUGAUAACAACGGUAACCUGAGGAAGCGUAUGAAUUAUAUUUCCCAGCCCAGCAGUCACCAGAGAGCCAUGUCCACCACCAACAUCUCAGGAGUGGGGAGAGCGAGACCGCUGCGACCUUUAGCCAGUGGCACCAACGGCAGCUCCUCCACCCUCUCCCGCUCCAGCCCCAAAUCUGAGAGUCUGCUCAGCGUGGCCUCGUCCUCCGCCCGGCUGGUGAAGAGCGCCCCCCAGGCUGCAGCUUCCACGCCAGACGUGAUGGCGGGGACGCCGUGCAAACAGAACGACACUUCCUCGUCUCUGCAGCAUCUGCUGGGGCCCAAGCUGGAGCGGAUCCAGAUGAUGGGGAACAAACUGGAGAUAAAGCAGACGCCGUGCUCCCAGCCCACCACUGCUGGGAUGGGCGGGACCAGCAAAAUUGACAAGUAUGCACGGAUCCUGUUCCCAGUGUCCUUUGGGGCUUUUAAUAUGGUCUACUGGGUGGUUUACUUAUCGAAGGACACGAUGGUGGCUAAAGGCGGUUAGACUUUGAAGACUCUUUUCUUUCAGCAGAUGGGAGGCAAAUAAGGAUUAUGGGAGUUUGCAAACAAUAAGAGGAAACUAUCAUUCUUGCCAAACAGAAAUUUGCUCACCAAGCACUCUCGUAUCCUGGAGAACACAUUUAUUUUUUCUUCCUAAGGUCCUCGAACAGCAAGCAUGGGAACAAAUCAACCAAAUUAGAAAAAUCUGACUCGUAAGAAAGAACACCUGCACACUGGAAUAUGCUACUGUCCUCUUUAUAUCGUGCUACAUCUGACUGUAAAGGUCCGCGUUGGCUUCAACUGCCUCAUGAUCCCUUUUGGCCUGCAGUCAGGAUAAAGCAUGGGAUUUUUUCAUUUUCCUAUUUUUGUACCCUGCACCUGGCAAGACGUUCGGAUGCACCGUCCUGAAAUGAACUGCACUUACGCUAUGUAAAUAUAUGAAUUUAUUAGGAUUUAUAUUUAAUGAUUACAGUGUACUUCCAUUUGAUUAAGACUUGUUGCUUUGGUGCCAGCUGUCGAGAUGACGUUAAAUUAUUCGAGAGAACAAAGGUACUCUAGUAGUGGUUUCCUUGGAUUUUCACUUUAAAAACUUUAAUUCCUCAAUAUAGGCCAGAUGCGGUCGAACUCAAAUGAAAUAGAUUUUAGUUUUUAGUCACAAUCAAAGUCCUCGAACCAGGCUGAGAGGAGCUUUGGCCGGGACCUCAUCCGCCCUGAAAAGCCUCUCUUGUACAGUACCUACUUUCUUAUACAAAACGGAUUAACUAAUCUGGAAAUACUGAAGAUGAAAUUUGGGGAUCAGUCAGGUAGAAAGUAGUAAAGACAAGUUAUUAAUUCAUGUAAUAGUAGAAUUUAAGCUUCUUUCCUGCCACUGUGGGCCAAAUAGUAGACAAAGAUUGUGAUUAAAUGGAGGGAGGAGAAAGUGAAGCUAUUCGUCAGCAGAUGAUUGCAGCAAUAAAAUAGUUAGUUGGCGGUUUGUUUUGGGACAUUUUGGCCUGUACAGUACAAUACGAACUGUUCAACUACUGGACUCAGGAGCUGACUGCUGUCAUACACCUCAAUUAAGUCUAACAGAUGUCACCUGCUCAGUUUGAACUCGCUGCAUAUCAUGGUGUUCAUCUUGUGAGCUUUCUCAUGUUUGACUCUAAAAGGUCUGUGGAGCAGAACCAGAGCUGCAGCAGAGCCCGAUCACACACCAAGGUCAAUCAAAAGAAAAAGGGUGCAACAUUGAGGUUUUGUUUCUCAGUCAUUCUUUCGGCUACUGUUAAUUAUAGCAGCUAGAGUUAGAGUAAUGGGAUUAACUGCAGCUGCACUACAUUACCAGCAAGCAAAAAACUCUAAGUCUUAUAGAAGUAAUCCUCCACCGUCAAUUAAGGCUGAAUAAUGGCCCUAAAAAACUUGACAAAAAGGAUAAUUUUGGAAAAUACAGGUGCAUCUCAAUAAAUUAGAAUAUGACGAAAAGUCCAUUUCCAAUAGUUCAAGUCAAACAGCCCCAACCAAGUAUUGAGUCAUAUAGAUGGACAUACUUUUCAGAGGCCAACAUUUACAUAUUAAACAUACUUUUUAAAAUUGGUCUUUUGUAAAAUUUACAUGUUUUUGAGACACUGAAUUUUAAGUCUUCAUUAAAUGUAAGCCAUAAUUGUAAUACAUAGAAGAAAUUAAAUAAAUUAAGACAUGAAAUUCUAUGUGUAAUGGAUCUAUAUAAUGUAUUAUUUCCACUUUUUGAAUACUGACAUAAAUAAACUUUUCUACGAUAUUCUAAUAUAUUAAGAUGCACCUGUAUGCCCCUUUUAUAAACAUUCUUCUGAGUUUGAUAACAACAACAACAACAACACUCAUAUCUGUGUGCUAAAUAUAAGGAAUCAGUCAGUCGUCGAUUAGCUUAGCUUAGCAUAAAGGGUUGAAAUAAGUUCAAGACUUUUCUGACAUUGUUAUUUAUGUGUCCUAGUACUUGAUGUGGUUACAUACUAACAUAGUUACUUACAAAUGUGUAAAAAACUCAAUGUUAUUGGUUUUACACUGGACAUGAACAGCCUGAGCCCAAAACGUUGCUCACGUCAUAAUUAAUUCGGCCACUAGAGGUCACCGCAUCAAUUACAUAUAUGGGCUGUAAUAAGCCGCCAACCUGCGCAACUUUUUUUUCAUGGAAAAUGGUCUGUAAAAUCCAUCUACCAGCACUAUUACAGCUCAGUAAUUAACUUUACCAGUUACAGUAAACAAGUUAAGCUAUUAGCUAGCUCUUCCCCCAUCUCCAGUUUUCAGCUAAGUAGUGAUCUGCCAAUGA